CAAGUAGGAAAUCAAUGUGUACAACACAAGCUCUAAAUUUCUCAUCUUCACAUCUUCUUUACAACCAUUCAUUCAUCUUCCCACCUUAUCCAAUAUCUCUUUCUUUUUCUAUUCUUUUCUUUCUUUCUUUCAUCACCCACUCAUUAUCUCAUUCAAACCCACAAAACUUUUCAACCCAAACCACCAAUGGCCACCGCCUCCGCCACCCUAUCUCCGGUUAACUUCACGGUGGUUGCACCCACCCGGUCCUCCUCCACCACCACCACCACCAAAGUUACCUACAUUAAGGGACUCAACUCAUUUGGUGGGCUCAAAGCUCACAACGCGGUGGCUUCAUUGGGAUCAUCUGUUUCGACCGAACAACAAUUCGCAAACAUUGUUUGCGAAUUGAGGAAAACAUCAUCAAGUGGUGGAGCACUCGCCUCUACUUGUAGUGCAGUGGCUGAGAUUUUCAGGAUAGCUGCAAUCAUGAAUGGGAUUACUCUUGUUGGUGUUGCAAUCGGGUUUGUUCUUCUACGAAUCGAGGCUUCGGUUGAGGAAGCAGAGUAAUAAAUUUUUGAAUCUUUUUUCCCUCCAAAGUUGUAUGUUUGUUUCAUUGUUGAAUUCAUGUAGAAUCAAUCAUAAAGAUGUAUGGAACAUAUGUUAUAUAUAAUACUUAUCAUUUAUGCCUUUUUAUAUGUU